GCUAACUCUCUUAUAAAUAGUGGCCAUCACAAGUCUGUGAUGUCAGAUAUUGAUAGCCCCAAGGUCUUCUUCGAUCUAAAGAAAAAGCUCAGGCUCAAACCUAGAACAAAUAAGUUUGGCGUAAGAAGAUUUUCCAAAAAGUUAAACUUAGGAAUAAAAUUCAACAAGAGAGCAAUCAGAAAUAUAAGAAACAUUAAGAGUCCUCCUAAAAUGAACAGGACGAUGAGGCUCAAAAAAAGAAAUCAAUCAGUUGAUGUGGAUAUCUCUGGAGAUGAUCAUCAAGACUCCUCUGAAGAGUUGGCAAAGAUCCAUCAGAAUAUGAUCUUCAAAUGUCAGGAGAAAUUACAGCUAAGCAAAUAUCUGAAUGGAAGGUUUUUCUCUCCUCAAAGACUGACUCAGAAAGCAAUGAUUGUGAGCUUCCACAACAGGAAACAGUCUUGAUUCCUAUCCAAUGAUUUCCUAGGACAGGAAGGGCUUCCCCAAAUUAGAAGCUAGACGUAAACCAUUAAUACAUUAUUGAUCCCUAAUACUUUCUUUCA